AUGGAUGAUCAAAGAAGUGACAGAUCUAUUAACCCAGAAGAUGAAUUAAGCGUAUCAAACAUAUCAGUUCAAAGAUCAGAUUCUGAAGAAAAGUGGGAAAGACUCACAAAAAAACUCAACAAGACAUCAAAAUCCAAAAGGAAAGCUAAAAGGGACAAGUCUGCCUGGAAUUUUCAAAAUAAAAUAAUCUUGUUUACAGUAGUCCUCUUCAUUAUCAGUGUAAUAAGUUGGACAUUAUUGUGGCUUUUUAUAGUUGAGGCAGAAAACAAAGAUGCUUUGUAUUUUGUUGGACUAUUUCGUGUUGCCAACAUUGAAUUUCUUCCAGAAUAUCGGCAGAAAGAAUCUAGGGAGUUCCUUUCAGUAGCACAGAAUGUGCAGCAAGUGAUGAAUCUGGUGUAUACCAAAUCUGCUUUCUCAAAAUUUUACAAGCAAUCCAUUGUCUCCGAUGUCAGCAAUAACAACAAUGGGGGACUUCUUGUCCAUUUCUGGAUUGUGUUUGUGGUACCACAAGCGAAAGGCCAAAUAUUUUGUGAAGACUGUGUUGCAGCUAUUUUAAGAAAUUCAAUUCACACAAGCAUCACCAAUCGAACCUCAGUAGGGAGUCUUCAAGGCCUUGCAGUGGAUAUGGAUUCCAUUGUGCUCAGUGUUGGGCUUCGAUCGGAUUACUCUUCAACAACAGGAACAGGUGCAAACUGUAUCUAUGAUCUGCAUGCAGAUCACUUGCAUCAGCAUUUUCCACUGGACGUUUUGGAAACAUCAGGAAGGAUGAUCUGUUAUUUUAAACUGAUUGCGUUGGUUGGCUACUUAAUUCGCCUUUCUAUAGCAUCCAUUCGGAUUGAAGCAGACAACUGUAUUAGUGAUUCAUUGACCAUUUACGACUCCCUAAUGCCAAUAAAGAGUAAGAUAUUAUAUCGAAUAUGUGAACCUUCCAAUUCAUUGAUAUCUUUUGUUUCUACAAAUAAUAUGAUGUUAGUUAUGCUGAAGUCCGCACAAGUUAGGCAAAUGAAGGAAUUUCAUGGCUAUUUUGAGAUGAUUCCACAAGAAAAAUGUGGAAAUACUGUAUUGGCAUUAGGAAGUACCGGAUUUGAAGGGCAAAUCCUAAGUCCCUAUUAUCCCAACUAUUAUCCUCCAAAAUGUAUUUGCAUGUGGACUUUUCAGGCACCUCAGAAGAACUUUGGUAUUGCACUGCUGUUUCAUAAUUAUAUGAUCAGUGAAAAAAACAUUAAAGGCUGUGAACAUGGAUGGUGGAAAAUUAAUGAGCUAAUGUAUUGUGGCUAUUACAUCGAUCAUCAAACAAUAUUCCGUGUGGCAAACUUGGUGGUUAACAUGGAAUUUCAAGUGCAGCUCCAGCUUUCUGAACAGCCCUUUCUUGUGGAAUAUGGGAGUUACAAUAUCAGCCAGCCUUGUCCACUUGCUUUUGAAUGCCACAGUGGGUUAUGUAUCCAACAAAUUCAGCUUUGUGAUGGAAUCAAUGACUGCUUCGAUGAAAGUGACGAACUGUUUGUGACAUUUCACCCCCAAAAUUGUAGUAGCAACCUCUUAACACAGCAUCAUUCUUUUGUCUGUGAUGGAAUAAAUAACUGUAAGAGUGGUCAGGAUGAAUUACAUUGCACAGAAAGCAUUCCCUGUACCAGCAAUACUUUUAAAUGCAACAAUGGGAUUUGCUUCAGGAAACAAAAUGCACGGUGUGAUGGAAUCUUGGACUGCCUUGAUCGAAGUGAUGAAAACAACUGUAGCUGUGGCAAUACAAGAUACAGCAACACUCACAACCGGAUUGUGGGGGGUUCUGAGACCCACGAAGGAGAAUGGCCCUGGCAAGCCAGCUUGCAUUUUGCUGGGAGUGCUUAUUGUGGAGCCUCUGUGAUAUCAAAGGAGUGGCUUCUCUCUGCCGCCCAUUGUUUCAGGGGAACAGGUAAGUUAUCAGAUCCUAGAAUUUGGACAGCUUACUUGGGAAUGCACACAAAAGGAAAAGCCAAAUUUGUCUCCACCUUGAAGAGAAUCAUUGUCCAUGAAUAUUAUAACAGUCAAAAUUAUGAUUAUGACAUUGCUCUGGUACAAUUAAACCCAUGGCUUGAAAUAAUGAGAUGGUCAGUUGGGCCAAUAUGCUUACCUCCCACCAUGCACAAUGUGCAUACUGGAGAAAAAUGCUGGGUAACAGGCUGGGGACAGAAGCAGGAAACAAGUAAUUUUUCCUCGAUCCAGAUGAUGACACACCAACCAAUUUUACAGAAAGCAGAGGUGGAAAUUGUGGAUCAGACAGUUUGUCAUUCAAACAUAUGGACUUAUCACAAGUCGCAAUGCUGGUGUGCUGGAAUAAUGUCUGGAAAAAGGGAUAGCUGCAAAGGAGACUCUGGAGGACCUCUAUCAUGUCGAAAUAAAGGUGACGGAAAAUUUUUGAUGGGAAUUGUUAGUUGGGGCUAUGGUUGUGGAAGACCCAAUUUCCCAGGAGUAUAUACAAGAGUGUCAAAAUUUGCUACAUGGAUACAAAAAUACAUGCCUUCAGUUUUUAGCUAG